CGGCGGCUAGACUGCGCAUGCGUGUCAGCGGCGUUAGCAGCGGACCGGGCUGGCAGUUCUUUCCUCGGAAGGAGAGAUUCCUCUACGAUGGAGUCCUACGAUGUGAUCGCCAACCAGCCUGUCGUGAUCGACAACGGAUCCGGUGUGAUUAAAGCUGGUUUUGCUGGUGAUCAAAUCCCCAAAUACUGCUUUCCAAACUAUGUGGGCAGACCGAAGCAUGUGCGUGUCAUGGCAGGAGCCCUUGAAGGUGAUAUCUUCAUUGGCCCCAAAGCUGAGGAGCACCGAGGUCUGCUCUCUAUCCGCUAUCCAAUGGAGCAUGGCAUUGUCAAGGACUGGAACGACAUGGAGCGCAUCUGGCAAUAUGUCUAUUCUAAGGACCAACUGCAGACUUUCUCAGAGGAGCAUCCUGUGCUCCUGACGGAGGCGCCUUUAAAUCCACGGAAGAACCGGGAACGAGCUGCUGAAGUUUUCUUUGAGACCUUCAAUGUGCCAGCCCUUUUCAUCUCCAUGCAAGCUGUGCUCAGCCUUUAUGCCACAGGCAGGACCACAGGUGUGGUGCUGGAUUCUGGGGAUGGCGUCACCCAUGCCGUGCCCAUCUAUGAGGGCUUUGCCAUGCCCCACUCUAUCAUGCGCAUUGACAUCGCCGGCCGUGACGUCUCCCGCUUCCUUCGCCUCUACCUGCGCAAAGAGGGCUAUGACUUCCACUCAUCCUCCGAAUUUGAGAUUGUCAAGGCCAUAAAAGAAAGAGCCUGCUACCUAUCCAUAAACCCCCAGAAGGAUGAGACACUGGAGACGGAGAAAGCUCAGUACUACCUGCCCGACGGCAGCACCAUUGAGGGACCUUGGCCCCAGCCCCAGCCUCUGAAGCUGGCCCUCCACCUGCAGAUUGGUCCUUCCCGAUUCCGGGCUCCUGAGCUGCUGUUUAGGCCAGACCUGAUUGGUGAGGAGAGCGAGGGCAUCCAUGAGGUCCUGGUGUUUGCCAUUCAGAAGUCGGACAUGGACCUGCGGCGCACACUUUUCUCCAACAUUGUCCUCUCGGGAGGCUCCACCCUGUUCAAAGGUUUUGGUGACAGGCUACUGAGUGAAGUGAAGAAACUGGCUCCAAAAGAUGUGAAGAUCAGGAUAUCUGCACCUCAGGAGAGACUGUAUUCCACAUGGAUUGGGGGCUCUAUCCUUGCCUCCUUGGACACCUUUAAGAAGAUGUGGGUCUCCAAGAAGGAAUACGAGGAAGAUGGUGCCCGGUCCAUCCACAGGAAAACCUUCUAACGUUGGGACAUCAUCUUCACCUCUCUGAAGUUAACUCCCACUUUAAAACUCGCUUUCUUGAGUCGGAGUGUUUGCGAGGAACUGCCUGUGUAUGCGAGUGCGUGUGUGGGUGCGUGGGUACGAGUGUGUGUGAAUAUGCGAGUGUGGUGUGGCCCAGGGAUCCCGGGGCCCAGAAAGGACGAUGAACUACCCACAAUGGCGAUGGCCUGAGGCCUGGGGUUGACCACUGACUGGCCCUGAUGGGGAAAAGUGCUGGCAGAGGGCCCCAGUCCUGUCACCUGGGCCUUUGUCUGGCUGUGUGGGACUAUGUUUACUACCAGAGGGAGGUAAACCCAACCCCUGCCCCCAGACCUCACUGCUGCCUGUGCCAGGCUGGGCUAGCCCCUCCCCCCAGCCUCCCCAGGGUGGCUUGUCCCAGGCAGCCGCUGCCUCCCUUGUUCACUAUUCAGCUUUUGAUGCCUCUUAAUCAUGCACUGAGGGCUGGGGCCAGGGUUGAGUUCUGUUUGGUUUUAGUGCACGUCGGGCUUGGGAAGCUGGAAAAGCGCUCCAGGAACUCUUACAGAGAUUCUGGGGCCAAGGAGAGGACAGAAUGUCCUCAAGUUCACGUGGGGACCAGGGCCACACUGGGCACUUGAGGAGGACCGGAGUAGUGCUACUUCUGAUCAGCUGCAGAGUUGAUGCUCAACCCCAGCCCCACCCGGGGGUCACAGGAGAGUUUAAGGAGCCUGUUGGCUACAGAUCCUGUUAGUUGCUUUUCAUCCAUUUUUGUCUCAAUGCCACCUUCAGUUUUAUUUAUUAAAGUGUUUGUUCAGUAAGGGGACUGGAAAGAGUGGAGCUCAUCACCUCCUGCCCAUCAGUCACCCUGUUCACACUAAUGUUUACAGCACCUAAGCUUAGUGUAGCACCCAAGGCCCCACCGGUCCCUGCUAGUGGUCAACUGACAGUACCCAUAAGCCUCAGGGCUGGUGUGGGAUUGGAGGCUACCCUAGAGGGCACUCCCACAGCCUCUUUUGUUCUCCCUCUUCCACUUGUUCACUGCCCUGGAAUCAACAGGCUGGCUGCUGGUCAAAUUUGCUAAAAUGGGAAGUAGAACCACUUUCUUUGGCAGAAGCCCCUAGUAAAGGGGGAGUGUUGGAGACCCAGUCCCCUUAGGACCAGAGAAAGAGCUGCAAUGAAAACAGCAUUAACCAAGUUGCCUUUUCCACUCUAGCUGACCAGAGGAGCUAGGCUGUAAAGGCAGGAAAGCCCCUCUGGGCUGAUCUUGUGCCAUUCUUGACUUUGGACCUAUUUGGGGAGGGAGGGAGGGUGCCAGACCAGAGUGCCAGGAGUUGAUGGGCUCAGGCUCAUCUCUGGUCCAGUAGGGCCAGGUGCCUACCCUGGACUGGAUUGCCCCCCUAGCAGUAGUCCAAAGGCCUUCAGCCCAGGUGGUGCAAGGCUGGGGCUAGCAUGCCUUCACUGGCACCCUCACCUGUGGUACCAAGACCCACCCAAUUCCAAAUUCCAGGCAGUAUUCUCCCCCAUGCCAUCCUGUGACCAAAGGCCCCUGCCAGAUGUGGGCCUCAGCAGCAGGUGUGUGUGAAAGCGAUGUGGCGACCCGCGGACUGCAGUGUGCUUAACCAGCUCACCUCCCUUCUCUUAGCCCAAGCCUGUCCCUCGCGCAGCCUCUCACAAACCACGUUGCCUGGUGGGGCCCGGUGUACUUAAAUAAAGUUGUUCCAAUA